AUGUCUUAUUUGGAAAAUUCGAGAGUUGAGUACGCUUUUGCUAUUUCUGGAAUUGCCGCAGCUUGUCUAUCAAUAGUUUUCUAUAUUUUACAAGUGGUAGAAAGCAAAGCUCUCAAACAAAUCCAGAAUGAGACAGGUUCAAUAAAAUCCAAUGGUUAUUUUGAAAAUGACAAUACAAUUGAGGUAAAUGGAGAGAGCAAUAAAUCUUACCUAAAUAUUUUAAGAGGAUAUGACUGGCGUAAUAAAUUAAGGGGGCUGUUACAAAUGUUCAAUCCGGCUGCAUGUGCGAAAGGAAGAUUUUGGUACGGAUCAAGCAUAUUGUUUGUAGUAUUUUUCUACUUUGGGAACGCUGGAGGUGGACAAGGAUUUACUUCGAAAUUUCUUCGUUCCUUUUCCAUUGACCAGCUUGACUUCACAAAUACCGACGCAUCAUUAUUGAAUACAAGUUUUUGGAUCAGCUUUUCCACCGGCCGUUUCAUUUUCUUUAUCAUAGCCAGAAUGGUGUCAGUGAAACUCCUUCUACUGUUGGAGACGUCUACCCUUAUGGUCUUUGCGAUUUUUCUGGCAAUCUUUGGAUGUGACAACUCAACUGCAUUAUGUGUCCUUACUCAAGUUGUUGCAUUCUGUAUUGGACCGCUUUGGCCAACUGGUAUUGCAUGGACUGACUACCAUAUUGAGCUUACUGGAAAUGCAAUGGCUCUUCAAAUGGUUGGCUGUGCAUUUGGCUACAUGCUCCAUAUGCGUUUAAUAGGAUAUUUGUAUGAUUCUUUUGGGCCACAUACGUACGUUUUACAUGUUGCUGGUAGUGCAAUUCUUGGUUUUAUUUUAACCGUUGUCUUAGCGAUUAUUGGCGCAAAGCACGGGAAUAGGUUUGUCCCUGAAAACAUAUCUGACACGGAUGGAGGAAAUGACAUCGAUUUUUCAGAGAAGGAAAACGAAAAAGGUUUUACAAAAACAGAUGUCACUACGUUAUAA